GAUUAUACUGCUGUUUAUUCUCUUUUUGUCUGCUUUUUCGUAUCGUCAAAUGUGCAAGCAUAGUAUCUGUUUCAUGUACCUGAUGUAAAAAGACACCUGGCGCAUUAUCCUUUCCUCUAUCUGAAAAGGUCCCCAAGCCUUCUCUUACACCCACAAAAGAUGCCUCGUGUGUCGUCUGGUUGGAAAUUAACGUGGGAUAACGUGGGAUAUAGCCUCUACCAAACCCCGCAGUGGAGCGGGAACCCCCGAAACGCCGGUAGCAUGGCAGUGAAGCUCUUGUUGAUCUAUCAGGACCUCCAACUGCGGCUCUUCUUCAUACAACGGAGUGUCCAGGAUUCUGGGCACCGCAGAUGGACCUCUUUGACCCGUAUCUAACGCCUUUAUGAAAAACUAUAGUGACCUCACUCCUUUUUUUCUCUCUCCUAUUCUC